UCCUGAGUGUGCGCAGAUCGCAUCCUCAGAGGAGAAUGGAAAAGGAGGAGGAGGAGGUGUAAGGAGCAGGAAAAACAAGCGAACCAAGGGAGCGGGGCUGUAGAUGUGUUUACUGCUCACUGCUGGGAGAAGCGCAGGAGGAGACGCAGACUUCCAGUCAUCCAGGGCGGAGAGACAUCAGUGGAUGCAGAGAGGAGGCGGAGGAGGAGGAGUGAGCGUGGAUGCUGAUUAUAGAGACAAACCCAAAGAGGACGAAUUAUCAAUUUGUUAUUAAUCAUAAACUAUUAAGUGGAAUAAGCUUUUGCAGCCAGCGAUGGACUUUAGCUGUGCGCACUGAGGCAACCUGUUCUCUCGUUGUUCUGACGACCACAGGCCCUCAUGGCUCUCGUUCAUGAACCUCGUGCCCCCUCUCCGUCUCUCUCCGGCUUCAGCACACCCCUCUCCGAUCCUCCAUCCUUUCGCCGCCUCGAUGCCGAAACACCAUGCACCCCAGAAAUGGACCUGACGCCGACCCAGUGCGUCUUACGUAAUGUCCUCUCCAUAGACACCGGUGGUGCCAUCGAGCCCGGGGGUGGAGGAGGAGAGGGGCAGACUGCCGGGCACAACCAGACACCAGGCGAGGAACAACAGGAGCACUUUGCCAACAGUGUCCUGAAGCUCCACGAGCAUGAUGGGAGUCCCGGAAGGACGGAGGGAGAGGGACAGGAAAUGGACAGCAAUGCCGUCAGGAGCCAGGCGGAUGACGCCAGGCUACAGUGCCAGUCAACUGGGGGAGGGUUUCUGGAGGGGUUGUUUGGGUGUCUGCGGCCCGUCUGGACUAUGAUUGGCAAAGCCUAUUCCACAGAGCACAAACACGGCCUGGAUGAGGCGUGGGAGGUCCCAUUCGAGGAGAUAUCUGACCUGCAGUGGGUGGGAAGCGGGGCCCAGGGUGCCGUCUUUCUGGGCAAACUGCACGGACAGGAAGUGGCUGUAAAGAAAGUGCGGAACAUCAAAGAGACGGACAUCAAGCACUUACGGAAGCUCAAACACCCCAACAUCAUCACUUUCAAAGGUAUUUGCACCCAGGCUCCGUGUUACUGCAUCAUCAUGGAGUACUGUGCCCAGGGACAGCUGUAUGAGGUGCUGAGAGCAGGCAGGAAGAUCCAGCCCUCCCUGCUCAUGGACUGGGCCAUGGGCAUCGCCGGGGGCAUGAACUAUCUUCACCUCCACAAGAUUAUCCACAGAGACCUCAAGUCACCAAACAUGCUGAUCACUUACGACGAUGCAGUAAAGAUUUCUGAUUUCGGUACGUCCAAGGAGCUCAGCGACAAGAGCACCAAGAUGUCCUUUGCCGGUACGGUGGCCUGGAUGGCUCCUGAGGUCAUACGCAACGAACCUGUCUCAGAGAAAGUGGAUAUUUGGUCAUUCGGUGUCGUGCUGUGGGAGAUGCUGACAGGAGAGGUGCCCUAUAAGGACGUGGACUCCUCCGCUAUCAUCUGGGGAGUGGGCAACAACAGUCUGCAUCUGCCUGUACCUGAUGGCUGUCCAGACAGCUUCAAACUGCUGCUGAGGCAAUGCUGGAACUGCAAGCCAAGAAACAGGCCUUCAUUCCGACAGAUUCUCCUGCAUCUGGACAUCGCCUCAGCAGAUAUCUUAUCGACUCCACAAGAAACCUACUUUCAGUCUCAGGCGGAGUGGAGGGACGAGGUGAGGCACCACUUUGAGAAGAUCAAAUCCGAGGGGACGUGUCUUCACAGGCUGGACGAGGAGCUGAUCAAACGACGCAGGGAGGAACUCAGACAUGCGCUGGACAUCAGGGAGCACUACGAGAGGAAGCUGGAGAGAGCCAACAAUCUCUACAUGGAGCUCAACGCCAUCAUGCUGCAGCUGGAAAUCAAAGAGAAAGAACUGCACAAGAGGGAGCAGUCACUGGACAAGAAGUACCCCGGCUGCUUCAAGCACCACAGCUCCAGACAGUCGGCCUCCUCCAACUCCAUGGAGAAGCUCAUGAAGAAACGCAACGUACCUCAGAAGCUGCCUUCACACAGCAAGAGGCCAGACUUACUAAAGUCAGAGGUCAUCCUGCCCAAACUGGACUCUUCCAUGACCCAGGUCACAAUCCCCAACAAGGGCUCUACCUCCCCCGGCCGCUCACGCCGAGGAAAACCCCGCUACAGGAAGGCUGGUAAAGGCAGCAGCGGGGACUUGGCUCAGCUGAAAGCCACACUCUCCUCUUCAUUAGCCAUGGUCAACGCCACCUCAUCUGUUCCCAGCAGCAAGCAGCAUCUAGACCCCAGUGCGGCCCUCAGAGGCCUGCAGCACGAUCUGCUGCUCAAGAAGAUGUACUCCUCAAGCCCGGAUCUUAUUUCAACCACAUUGGAGGCUGAAGGCCGGAGGAAGGGGCAGGUCGGGCCAGGGCUGGACAGAGCGGGCAGCCAGAGCGCCUCAGCUGGGCUGGGGGAGAGCAGAAGGACUGGAGGGCAAGAGGAGGGGCCGGAUGUGGGUGUAGGGACUGACGACCUGGCAGAAACACCUCCACGCAGUGACACGCCCAGCGAGGAUGCAGCUUCUAUCCCGUUCUCCAGUAGCCCUGACUCACCGUGCGGUAGGGGAGCGGCUGCAGGGAGGGCGUCUGUGCUCGGGAACUCCCGUGUUUCUCAUGAGGGUGAGGAGAAGGAGGAGGGGACGGUGAUCACACGCUCACCAAGGAGUCAGCGCCUCACUCCUGCAGCACUGCUCUACAGGGCAGCAGUCACACGCAGUCAGAGACGUGGGGUGUCAUCAGAGGAAGAGGAAGGAGAAGUGGACAGCGAAGUGGAGUUGCCAAGGAGACGGCGUCCCGUGAGCAUGAGCAAGUGCCAGUCCCUGUCCACCUUCAGCUCAGAGAACUUGUCGGUCUCAGACGGCGAGGAGGGAAACACCACCGACCACUCCCACAGUGGCACACCGGAUGUCGUCAGCACCAACACGGACGAGCGUCUGGACGACAAGAGCGACGACUUACUGUCUCAGGGCUCGGAGAUUCCCGCCGACCCGUCUGACCCGACCCAGCUGGGCUCUGACGGGCUGUCUGAGAAGGAAGCUAUUCUUAGACAAGUCAAGACCCAGCUCGCUAGUAACGACCAUAAUUACGAGGGCCUGUAUGACGACUCAGACUGUGACAGCGCAGAGCUGGAUCACUCAGGCAGUGCAGAGCCCAGCCAACCACCAGCCAACUGGUGAAAAUCUGACACCUCAACCUACUCAAAACUCCUGCCGAUCUGGCCUGUGAAUGUUUCUUUUAUUCUGAAAGACAGAGUCAUGAUCGGGGACAUUGCAGAGAGGCCUGUAUCCGUUAUCACAAGCAGGAACAUAAAACAAAUCCUCAGUGAGUGUUGUCAAAUCCUGGGGAAAAAACACAGGCAGAAAAUCCCAUUUCAUUUGAGAUAAAUGCAUCACAGUGAUGUGAAACUGAAUUGGGGCACUAGCCGAGCUGACGGAGCAGCAGCCGCCACAGCAGCUGGCCCAAGAUCAGCUUUGCAAAAACACCUCAGCGUCAGAAGCCUCGGUCAAAGAGGUCAUCCACAGGACUGUCAUUAAUGUCUCUCGUCAUCUUCCAUGUCAAUAUUUUUACCUCCGUUAGGAAAAUGUGUCAUGUUACGUUACAUUGUGUCAUAUGAGAACAUCUAAGAUCCUAUCAGGGUGUCAUUAUAUUUUAUGUCUUUAUUGUCAACAUCACCAGGACUGUCGCUGAUGUUGCUGCUUGCACUUACUUUAUGAAAUGAUGUCCUCGUGAUCAUUGUGUCAUAUUGCAUUUCCACUCAAAACGUUAUGCACUGACUAAUUUAUUCUUAUUUUACAGUGGAUUCAUUGACAUUCUUUACAAAAAAAUACAAUGUUUACAUUUUUUAUUUAUAUUUAUGUCAUGGAUUACGUUUCCAUUUUCUACUCCUGUGUUUUAAUAUCAGUGUAAAUAUGUGAUGUAAAAUGAACAAAUUUUUAAAAUGUGAGAUUGUAUAAUUUAAAGGUGCUGAUGUUUCUAAUUAGGUGGCGCUAUUCUAUUUGAACCUCAAAAAAGCUUAUGGUAGGAGGAUGUACUGUAGCUGCUGUUUAUGUCCGAGCAUCGAAACACAGAUAUAAAGAGGAACGUGUGAACAAAGAAAAAGCAAUAUGUCUGCUCUGGUACAGCUGAGUUCAUUCAGGACUGAUGGGCUUUUUUUAUUAGUAUUGCAGUGUUUACUGUAUUAAAACGCAAUACCAGUUUGAAAAUCCCUCUCUGAGCAUCUAGGGGUGUAUAUAGCAUCAGAAAAGCAUGCCUGUGAUAAAGUACAAUGUUUGUGACUCAGAUCAAAAUGAAAUAUUAGAUCCAUGCAACAGGAGAAAGACUGUAGAUUUCUGACAGCGACUGAAGGUACAUGGAUGACAGGGACACAAAACACCAAAAUGGAUCUCAGAAUAACUGAGAAUCAUCACAUUCAUGGUUUUCUGCUUUCUCUCAGUUCUGCCACAUAAUGUUUGCAGUGUACCAGCACAGAGGAGCUGAUUAGUGUUUAGAUUAUUUUGGGGAAAACUUAACGAUGUGGCUCAUUUAGUCAAACAUCCUUUUCUCGUGUUGUUUUAGUACGUACAUCACAGAGAAAUCACAGGUUUAUCUGUGGCAGGAGACUUCAGCUCAGUGUUGUAGUACUUAAUAUCAUACUUAGUCUCGAGACCACUUUUUGAAGGCAGCGGUUGGACCAAGUCAUUGUUAUGCAAGACCCAAGUCAAGACAUGCAAGUCACGAGUCAAGUCCUAAAUCAAGACUGGCAAGUUCCAAGUCAUAAAGUUUGAGUCUUGAGUCCUCAACAAGUCAUAAUGUACUCUUCACAAAAUGUAAUGCCAUUUUAACAAAGAAAUAACAUAUCUAGUAUAUAUAUAUAUAUAUAUAUAUAUAUAUAUAUACACACACACACACAAUAUACAAAAAAUGACUACUACUACUUGUUUUGCUUACUCCAGUACUUUUUUUUAAAAUUGACCACCACAUAGUUUUUUGUACAUGAACAGAAUUAUCUUUGGUAUUAUUUUUACUAACUAGCGCUCAGUAAAAUAACUUCUCCAACGUUCUCUCCUGCAGCUUGAUUGGAUGCUGUAUAUAUAAAAAAAAAAAAAAGGGUUGAUCUGGGAUUUAAGUGUCAACUUGCUGGGAAUGAGUAGCGUUUAGUUAAUUGAUUCAGAAAAUGAAGGGAAUCACAACACACUUUUUAAACAACAUACUUUUUAAUCUUUGGAUCUGGGCAAAGUAUCAAGUAUUUUAAAGUCAUAUGGCUCAAGACCAAGUGAAGUCACUAAUCAUUGGUGUUUAAAUUCAAGUGGAGUAACAAGUGUUUUUUGAUUUUGUCUAGUCUAAAGUCAUCAAAUUUGUGACUAGAGUCAUUCUUGUUAGACUCGUGACUCAUCUGUUUGAAGUUCUCAUUGUGGACUCAACCACAUUUUUACUCAGUCUUGGACAAAGAGGACUGGGAAUUUUAUUUCAAGACCAGUCAAGACCAAAACUGCGAGGAUAUCACUCAAUUGCCUGUGCAAAAAUGGUGUGAUAGAUAAAGCUUAAUUCCAUUUUGGAGAUCAAUUUGAGGAGUGCCUAUGGGUUUGCAUGUUCCACUCUCUACGUGUGUAAUGCAAUGCAGAACUCUGGUCUGUUUUUGGUCUCGUCUCAGUCUCAAUACACUCUGGUCCUGGUCAUGACUUGGUCUCGGUUUAGAUGGUCUUGACUACAGCACUGAUUUAGCUUAGUCAAUAAUGCUGAAAAAAAAAGGGAACUUUUAUUCCCCCUUUCCACUCGUAAAAUCAGUUUCUACCUAAAAAUGAGGGCUGUGAUGUCAUGACUGUUUUCCCUCAAAACAGCAGAUUAAUCCAGAUAGUGAAGCUUUACAAGCCCAUAAUGCGGUUCCUCCUUUUCCAGACAGCUCACUGACAUUUUCAGCAGCUAAAAUUUUGGCCACCAGAUGUUCAUCUUACAUUAAUGUGUAAGGGCUCUCUCAUAACAGACAUACAACUCUGGUUUUGAUGUACUUAAUGUCCCUUGACGUGCUUUCUUAUACACACGUGGUUCAAUUUGACUGCACAACAGCACAUUGCAUCCUGUUCCAUUAAUUUAUGACUAAUCAGGUCCCACUCAAUAAGCUACAAAUGGCAGCUUCUGUUUCUUAUUUAUCUGGUGUUAAACUUUCAAUUUUUAAAGCAUUUUAAACUGAUUGUGCCCCCAAGAUUUGAAGCUAGAGAUUCUCCUGCAGGAAAAAAUGUUGCCAAAAAGCAAAACUACUGCCCUCUAGUGUCUCGAAUGUGGAGGUACUUGUGUUCCCCCAAUGAUGCUGAUUGCAACAACCCUGUAUAAACUGAAACGUUUGCUUUUUAUAUCACUGUACCUGUACAAUAAAUAUAUUUAAGAAACAAUUUAAAAUAAAAUCA